AUGGCCCCUUCUGCUAUCAACAUUGAUUACAAAGAAACUACAAUUUUGAAUGACAGUAAAAUCGAUCUUUUCGAUAACAAUCAUGGCUUCGAAUCUGAUGUGACUGGCUUUGCCUCAAAGGCUCUUAUCCAGAAAGUGCUUCAGGAACAAGUGGCUCGUAUCAACACCGAUACAUGUGAACCGGGUGAGGAAGAUGCUUUCUACGUCGCCGAUCUUGGUGAGGUGUACCGUCAGCAUCUGAGGUGGAAAAUGAAUCUUGACAGAGUCAAGCCCUUCUACGCCGUUAAAUGCAAUCCGGACAAGGAAGUUCUUCGUCUGCUGGCAAGUCUGGGCACUGGCUUCGAUUGUGCAUCUAGAGCAGAAAUUGACAUGGUUCUCGAACUCGGUGUGUGCCCGAGCCGUAUCAUUUAUGCUCAACCCUGCAAGACCAAGUCUUAUCUCCGCCAUGCUAGAAAAUUUGGUGUGCAUCAGAUGACUUUCGAUAACACCGAUGAACUGCAUAAGAUCAAGGCUUGCUUCCCAGAUGCAGAAUUGGUACUCCGAAUUUUGACGGAGGACUCGACAAGUUUGUGUCGUUUGAGCUCUAAAUACGGCGCAACUCUGGACGAGGCGGAAGAUUUGCUCGCUUUGGCAAAAGAGCUGGAGUUGAACAUCACUGGAGUGAGUUUCCACAUUGGAUCUGGAGCAAGCGACCCGGAUUCUUUCGGGAAAGCCGUCAAAGAUGCACGCCACGUGUUCGACCGGGCUGCCGAAUAUGGUUACGAUCUCAAGUUACUCGAUGUUGGCGGUGGGUUUGUCGACGAGACGUUUGAAAUGUUUGCAACCAAUCUGAAUGAAGCUAUUGAUGAGUAUAUUCCUUCUCAUGUGCGAAUAAUUGGAGAGCCGGGCCGAUACUAUGCUUCGAACGCCUUCACGUUGGCUACAAAUGUGAUCGCACGGCGCGAAGUUGCAAGCGAAAUCCCGGGUCAGCGAGGGUACAUGCUCUACCUGAAUGAUGGAGUCUACGGAAACUUCUCAAAUAUCAUCUUCGAUCAUCAACGUCCCAUCCCACAGAUACUCUCUGCCGAAUCCACGAACGAUACACCCGUCGAAUAUUCAAUCUGGGGUCCUACAUGUGAUGGAAUCGACGUCAUCACUGACCGACACUAUCUGCCUGGAACUCUCGGCGUGGGUGAUUGGCUGUACUUCGACAAUAUGGGAGCAUAUACCAGAUGCUCAGCUACAAGGUUCAACGGCUUCCGUGACGAUCACGAAGUCAUCUACAUUUCGAGCGAGCCUGGCGCCUCAGCAUUGUUGGGCUACGGAGGUGCUGGCAAAAUCUCCAUAUGA